GGUCUGCCGAACAAAAUGUCUGACUUUGAAAGUCUCUUCCAGGGCGUCCGCGAGCUAAAUCAGCGCUUGGACGAGUGGGCACGAUUAGCCCCUUCCCCAUUCCGACCGACGGAUGUGAUCAGGACGGACAUAAAGCUGGAGAAAGUGAGCGUGUACAACAUUCUUUACCUGCGAUACGCUUACUAUGGGACGGUCGCAUGUCUCAACUCAUCACUCAUCCAGCCAUACGCGAAUAUGAAUCUCGAGGGAGAACACAACCGAUUAUAUCGCGAUCAAAUACAACAGAGUUGGGAGCUGGCGGUUGAAGCUUCUCGGGCCAUGAUAAAAUACACCAAGUAUGCCAACGUGGAUUGUGGCUGUCCUGUCUG